GGCCAGGACAAGAUGGAGCGAAGGACUCCCUUCGGUGCCUUGCGACUCCUCUGUUUGGCCGCCCUGAGCUCCGGGUGGAAUGUGGAUGCCUGGACAUACCAUUACAACAAUAAGGGGAUCUACGUCUGGGAUGAGGCCCGUGAAUUUUGUCAGAAGUAUUACACCGACUUGGUGGCCAUCCAGAAUCAAAAAGAAAUCUCCUAUCUCAACGGGAAACUCCCCCAAUUCAAGUACCACUACUGGAUCGGGAUUCGGAAAGUCGACGGGGUCUGGACCUGGGUGGGGACCGGGAAACCGCUGACCAAGGAGGCCGAGAACUGGGCGGCCCACGAGCCCAACAACAAGGGGUCCAGCCAAGACUGCGUGGAAAUCUACAUCAAGGGAGACACCCAGCCCGGGAAGUGGAACGACGAGCCGUGCGACCGACGGAAGAGAGCACUCUGCUAUCGGGCCUCCUGCCUGCCCGACUCCUGCAGCCAGCGAGGAGAAUGUGUGGAGACCAUCGGGAAUUACACCUGUUCCUGCCUCCCUGGAUUUUCUGGGCCGGAGUGUGAAUCCGUGACAGAAUGUAAAGAGCUCAGCCCCAACCCUCAUCAGCCCAGAAGGACCUGCAGCCACCCACUGGGAUACAAUGCCUUCAAUUCCACCUGCAAUUUCAGUUGCCCAGAGGGAUCUGAGCUUCAGGGAGCCUCCAGGCUGGAGUGCUUGGCAUCUGGAAACUGGUCAGCUGAGAUCCCACAGUGCACAGCUGUUCAGUGUCGGCCCCUGGAGCGUCCGGACCGAGGGGACGUGAGCUGUUCCCCUUCCCUGGUGGAAUUCCAGUUCAACUCAACGUGCCGCUUCCGCUGCCAAGAGGGGUUUGUGCUGAACGGCUCGGAGACCGUCUGGUGCGAGGCCUCGGGGGAAUGGACGACGCCAGCCCCCACCUGUGAAGUAAUAAGAUGCCCCAGCUUGGAAAGUCCUGAAAGAGGCGCCAUGAAGUGCCACCAACCCAUGGGCCUCUUCGCCUAUGACUCUCGCUGUGACUUCCGCUGCCCACCCGGUUUCCGCCUCAGUGGCUCGGCAACGCUCCGCUGCACGGCCCUGGGCCUGUGGACGGCUCCGCCCCCAGCCUGCCACGUCAUCGACUGUGAGCCGCCGGAGAUUCCGGCCCAUGGAACCAUGGAUUGUUCCCUCUCCGGGGGAAGAGUUCAAUACAAUUCCAGCUGCAAUUUCCGUUGUGCUGAAGGGUUUGUCCUGAAUGGAGCAGAGACAGUUUCGUGUUCCGCCUCUGGAAACUGGACGGCAUCAGUCCCUACUUGUCAAGCCGUGCAGUGUCAGGAUUUGGAAGGUCUUGUCAGAAGCCAGAUGACUUGUUAUCACCCAUUUGGAGAUUUUGCUUUCCAGUCCACCUGCAAUUUCACAUGUGACAAGGGGUUUCGGCCGGCUGGGCCAAAAAUGCUGCGCUGCUUGGCAACUGGACACUGGACUUCUUUGCCACCCGUUUGCCAAGCGGUUCAGUGCAAGUCUCUGCUGACCCCCCGGCAAGGAACAAUGUCCUGCAUUCACCCUGUUGGAAAUUUCAGCUAUAAAUCCACCUGCCAGUUCACCUGCCUUGAGGGAUUUUCUUUAAAUGGAUCCGAGACGCUGAGCUGCACAGAGGCCGGACUGUGGACGGCACCACCCCCAACAUGCCAAGCGGUUCAGUGCAAGCCGUUACUGACGCCCCAGCAAGGAACAAUGUCCUGUGUUCACCCUGUUGGAGAUUCCAGCUAUAAAUCCACCUGCCAGUUCACCUGCCACGAGGGAUUUUCCUUAAACGGAUCUGAGAUCCUGAGCUGCACAGAGGCAGGCCUGUGGACGGCACCACCCCCAACAUGCCAAGUGAUUCAGUGCCCAGAACUGCAAGCCCCCAAGCACGGCCUCGUGAACUGCUUGGACCCUCCGAAGCGAUUUGGCUUUAAUUCAUCCUGUGACUUUGGCUGUUCAGAAGGAUUUGUUUUGCGCGGACCCGGGGUCGUGCGGUGUGAGAUCACUGGAAACUGGACCCAUCAGCCUCCAGUGUGUGAAGUUAUCAGAUGCCCAGACCUGCAGGCUUCUAAGCCAUUGGAAAUGAACUGUUCCCAUCCCUUGGGGAACUUCAGUUAUGGAUCCACCUGUGAAUUCCACUGCCCCAAAGGCCAUGUCUUAAACAGCUCGCCAACCGUUUGGUGCCAGGGGAAGGGAGAAUGGUCAGACAAGAUGCCAACCUGCCAAGAGGAUGCCUUGUCUGUCCAAGAAGCCCUCACCUACUUGGGCGGAACUGUGGCAGGUGCAACCAGCCUCCUCGUAGGUGGGACCCUCCUGGCCUUGCUAAGGAAGCAUCUCAGGCAGAAAGAUGAUGGGAAAACCCCCUUGACUCCUUGUAGUCACUUAGGCACCCCUGGAGUUUUCACAAAUGCAGCCUUUGAUUCCAGUUCUUAAGAGAUCUCCAGAUCCUCUCCUACCCCUCCAACUUCCCCAGGACGCAGUCUUUCGAAUAUUCUGCCUUCUUACCAAAACCCAACCUCUCCCGUGGCUUAAACUGGCAGUUUUAUGAACAUUUAGGUAAACAAAAGAUUUCAUUCUCCGCAGGUUGCAUUUUUUCCCUAGGGCUGCCAGAGAGAUUCUCUCUGAUCUGCUGCCUCUCUGACCCUUCAGCCCAAUGCUUCCCAGCAGUAGAGGCGACAGGAACCUCCAGCUCCUGAAGAGCUACAAGAGGGAGUUUGACUUUUCCCCAGGCCACAUCCCCCUGUAACAAACUCUGGGUCAAUGAGGGAGACAGAUGUUGGAGAGCUGUGACUGGCCUAGAAAUCACAAUUGGGGUUUCCCAUUUCCAAUAGAAUAAAACUGGCACC